UACACCGCCCAGGACUGCCCAGGACGCUGGGCUCAAGCCUCCGCACUCGCCUCAUCUGGGGAGCCUUCUCCCUCGCCCCCAAAGUUUCUGGUUCGUUAGAAUUUUUGGCUUCCGAUAUUUUUCCAUUUUUAUUUCUUUGCACCUAGGAAUUUUGGGGGAGUACUUUUGAUAAAUUGAUCACACUUUCUGUCCGCUACCUCUCUGUUCCUCUUCUUCCCCCUCUCUCUGAGCAGGGGAAGGAGCUUAUGAGAGACUUCUGGCGCAGAAAGUUUUCCAAAGUUUUCCGACUGUGAUGGUUGCCGGGAGAGCAAACCCACCAGCUUGAUUCUGGACAUCAUCUCACCACCCCUCCAACAGCCCCUAAACCCGCUGUAAAGGAACAAACAAACAAACAAACAAAGUCACACCUCAAGUUGCCUUGUUUCUCCUCUUUCAGGCAAUCUUUUUCCUCCCUCUCUUUGCUUUCUCACUUCGCAGCUCCAGUCCCCUUCCCCCUGGAUCCCAUUCUCCUUCUGGGUUUCGCUAGGACCCGGGCCACAGCCUCCCCUCCCCCGUCACUUUGGUCCGGCCCUCCCCUCCCCCGUCGCGGCCAGCACAGCCAAUCCCCCAAGCGGCCAACAUGCUCUUUGAGGGCUUGGAGCUGGUGUCGGCGCUGGCCACCCUCGCCGCGUGCCUUGUGUCCGUGACGCUGCUGCUGGCCGUGUCGCAGCAGCUGUGGCAGCUGCGCUGGGCUGCUACCCGCGACAAGAGCUGCAAGCUGCCCAUCCCCAAGGGCUCCAUGGGCUUCCCGCUCAUCGGAGAGACUGGCCACUGGCUGCUCCAGGGUUCUGGCUUCCAGUCGUCGCGUAGGGAGAAGUAUGGCAACGUGUUCAAGACACACUUGCUGGGGCGGCCGCUGAUCCGUGUUACUGGUGCUGAGAAUGUACGCAAGAUCCUCCUGGGCGAACACCAGCUCGUGAGCACCGAGUGGCCGCGCAGCGCGCGCAUGCUGCUGGGCCCCAACACGGUGGCCAACUCCAUUGGCGACAUCCACCGCAACAAGCGCAAGGUAUUCUCCAAGAUCUUCAGCCAGGAAGCACUGGAAAGCUACCUGCCGAAGAUCCAGCUGGUGAUCCAGGAUACUCUGAGAGCCUGGAGCAGUCAGCCCGAGGCUGUAAAUGUGUACCAAGAGGCACAGAGACUCACUUUUCACAUGGCAAUCCGUGUGCUGCUGGGCUUCAGCAUCCCAGAGGAGGACCUGGGUCACCUCUUUGAGGUCUACCAGCAGUUCAUGGAGAAUGUCUUCUCCCUGCCCGUGGACCUGCCCUUUAGUGGCUACCGGAGGGGCAUUCAGGCUCGGCACAUCCUCCAGAAGGCUCUGGAAAAGGCCAUCCGCGAGAAGCUGCAGUGCACCCAGGGCAAAGACUACGCGGACGCCCUGGACAUCCUCAUUGAGAGUAGCAAAGAGCACGGCAAGGAGAUGACCAUGCAGGAGCUGAAGGACGGGACCUUGGAGCUGAUCUUUGCAGCCUAUGCCACCACAGCUAGUGCCAGCACAUCUCUUAUCAUGCAGCUGCUGAAACACCCGGCUGUGCUAGAGAAGCUGCGGGAGGAGCUGCGGGCCCAGGGCCUCCUGCACAGCGGUGGCUGCCCCUGCGAGGGCAGCCUGCGCCUCGACACGCUCAGCGGGUUGCACUACCUGGACUGCGUCAUCAAGGAGGUCAUGAGGCUCUUCACACCCAUCUCUGGUGGUUACCGCACUGUGCUGCAGACCUUCGAGCUUGAUGGUUUCCAGAUACCCAAAGGAUGGAGUGUCAUGUACAGCAUCCGUGACACCCAUGACACAGCACCUGUGUUCAAAGAUGUGAAUGUGUUCGACCCUGACCGCUUCAGCCAGGCACGCAGUGAAGACAAGGACGGCCGCUUCCAUUACCUACCAUUUGGAGGUGGUGUGCGGACCUGCUUGGGCAAGCACCUGGCAAAGCUCUUCUUGAAGGUGCUAGCUGUGGAGCUGGCCAGCACCAGCCGCUUUGAGCUGGCCACCCGGACCUUCCCUCGCAUGACCCUCGUCCCAGUCCUGCACCCUGUAGAUGGCCUCAGCGUCAAGUUCUUUGGCCUGGACUCCAAUCAGAAUAAGAUUCUGCCUGAGACAGAGGCCAUGCUGAGUGCAACUGUGUAGUGCUCAGGCCUCUGCCCAGCCCAGCCUGGUGGAGGGAUGGGGGACAGAGGUAGAAACCUGUGUGUGGGAAGGGCUGGAUGGGAAGACCAGGGGCCCCCGUGCAUGCUUUCCUCUGGCAAACCAAAUCCAAUGCCAAAAGGCCCUGUCAUUCCUGGGGCUGGGGCCUUCCUGGCUCCCGCUCUCUCAGAUCUCCCCUCUUCCUCCUAGCUUAGCUCCUGGGCCAGGGCUCUGCAUGUCCAUCAGUGUUAGUGCCAGUCAGCUGAGCUGCAGUGUGUGCUUGUGACCUUCUGAAAGGUCCCUUCCCUUCACUCCUUUGUUUUCAUUAGUGGUCAGGUGAUUGUGGGGGCAGGAGAGAGGAAUGAAGGUCCCCCUUGGAGCUCUUGUCAGCUCCCUAGCCGCCAUUUGCCACUGCUCAGUUGGAGCAGUGGGAUGCCAUCCAAAUCAACUUGGGUGGGGUGGGGGCUGCCACCAGACUGCAUAGCCCCUAUACCAGCCCAGUCAGUUUGAACAUUUGAAAUUGCCUGUUGCUGCUAUUCUGUUUUAUGAUGUUGGGGUACAGGAGUCCCAGACCUGUUCUCUAGCAUCUUCCCUGGUGGCCCUGGGCAGGUACACUGACAGCCCCUCCAGACAGGACCUCCAUAGCCAGGUGGCUCCUAGCUAAGGUUGGGCUUUGCUGUCCCCAAACCCAGGCCAUAUUUAUUCAGUGACCUUGACCAUACUGAGGUGUGAUGCAAAUAUAGACUCCAUGUUCCCUGCAGAACUUCUGUGAGUGGAGAGGCUGGGGUCUCUGGUCAAACCCAGAUCCCUGGCCCAGCCAGGGUACCUGACAGAUGACCAGGUUUAACCUCAGAGACUGACAUCUAGCAUCUCCACACCCUGUCCAUGUGCCACCACUUCCUGUUGUCCACUGCCCACCCUAGUGCCGCCCACUCCACUAACAAGGAUGGGGAAAGGUUCUGGUUCCUUCUUCCGACAGGCACUAGGGCCCAUCUUCCCUUUUUUAGCCUUUACCCCUCACCCUUAGCCAGGAACAAUGUCCUGAGCCCUCCCUCCUGUAAGCCACUGUCUGUGGAAGCCCAGCUCAGGGUUGUGGGGCGAAGAUGGAAACAAGGAAGAAGUAAGGCAGAGAGAGCCCUCCUUCUGAGCUGACUUGGGCCCUGUGUGGUCUUGAGACACUGUGUGUAGGUGGAGGCUGCAGUGAGAGGGAAUAAGGAGGAAGAGUAGGAUAACAGCAUAUAUGAGAUUUGUCAGAAGUGAUUGGGUUGCAGACAGGCCAGUGGAGCUAACUGAGGGAAAGAAUUAGCUCCUGCCAUGGGCAUUUGUAUUGUGGGCAAAUUGGGGCAUCUUUUGGAAUACUUUGGGGUCCUCUGAUGAGUCUAGGCAAUUCGGUUUGUUUUCAAAUUCAUCUUUACUUCUGUGUUUCUUCACUGGUUCUGGAUGUUAUAAAUGUGAACACUUUUACAGGAAAAUAAAAACUAUGGCCUGACAACCCAUGUGGAUUCCCCCAUAGCCACCAUGGCUACUUGUGCCCCCAUGAAGUCCACUGAACAGAGCAUCCCACAUCUCCCCAAAGGGAAAUUUUAUAGGAAUGGGGCACAUCACACACAUCAUCCUAUAAGCCCAGUUCCAAAAUGUUUCAUUGGUCUACUUUUUCAUGCUUUAACAGAUAUUACUGGUAAGAAUUACUGAUUUUUUUUUUUUUUGUCAGUAAAAUCCCUUCAUCCUCCUCCCCAGUUCUAUAACACAGGGAAAAAAUGAGUGGAGACUCAUCAAAGCAUGGGAUAUAGCUGCAUGGGGACCCAGAAUCUAUUACUCACCAGAAGUCCAGUGUUUGGAAGUUCCCUUGUCCUUCAUGCCGAUCCCACUUGCCUAGAACCAACUGACAGAUUGAAUAUGGAAUGCAGUAUGUCUGCUGUGUGUGUGUGUGGGGGGGGUGCUAGAGGGUCCCUUUAGGGAUCUUCCUUUGGGGAAGCUACCUGGGAAAGGUGGAGAAGGAAAAGCAGAAGGGAUACUUAUGAGGGAUGAAGGAAAGAUUGUUUGCCCGGCUGGGCCUCAAAGGCAACACAAAGGCCUGGCUAACAGGAGCCCACUGAGGCGACCCCUCUGUCAUGCCUCUGUAGAGCUGUGUUGCUGUCCCUGUGUUCCUGCUUGUAUGUAUGUGUGUGUUUCAUUGUGGUAGCAUUAGAUGGGUGAUUUUUUCACUUAACCAUUCCUAACUAUGAUAACAUUAAAAAGACAAACCCCACAAAAUUCUUCCUGCCAUGGGCUUGCGCAUCAAAGCACUUUCAAAAUUAGGCGCUGGCGUUUGUGUGCUAGGUAACAUUCCGACCCUGUCCAGAAUGCUAGAAUAUUAUUUUAUACUCAAAACUUUUUUUUCCAUAAAUGUUAUAAUUUUGUGUCUGUCUUUAUAAUCUAUUAUAAGUACUAUUUUUGUUAUAAUUCAAAAUAGAUAUUUAGUAUAAAGUUUUUGCUGUUAAAUAUUUGUUAUUUAGUAAAAUAUGAAUUGUUCUCUAUUGUAAACAUGGUUCAAAAUAUUAAUAUGUUUUUAUCACAGUUGUUUUAAUAAUUGAAAAAACACUUGUGUGUUUUGAUAUGAACUUGGUGCCGUGUGUUUUGGCUAUUGUGUGGUUUUAAUCUGUGUAUAAUAUUCCAUGUUGCAUAUUAAAACAAUGAAUGUUGUGCAUUUUGUGAUUUUGGAAAUACUCAAUGUGGCUCUUAUCGGCUUCCAUAAUAAACCAUGGGGACUCUC